AUGGAUCCCUCAUUAACCAAAUCACAUAUCCCGCCGGAACCUCCGGAUAAGCACAACCAAAUGGAUGUAGAACCAGUCCAACCAACACACUCCUAUAAGGAAAUGCUCUUGGACAAACCGGAGAGCCAUCAAUCUGAUUACUACGAAGACGACUCCCGUCCAAGUUCAGAUCUCGAUAAAGGGAAACACAUAGAAGGCCCAAUCCCCCUUUCCCACGACGAUAAAAAACGUCUCUACCUUCCAUGGCGUUACUCUGUAAUCAUCAAGGUCUUUAAGCGAAAGAUGUCACACCAUUUCUUUCGAUCUAAACUAAUUGAACUAUUGAAGCCAUCCGAACAGUUAAUUUCGAUUGACCUAGGAUGGGACUUCUACAUAGUCGAAUUUAGUUUAGAAGAGAAUAUGGUUAAGGUACUCCACCUUGGACCUUGGUUCAUCUCGGGAAACUUCUUGUCUGUGCGGAAAUGGAAACCAAAAUUCGUUCCCCAAGAGGCUACCCUUACUUCGACUGCCAUAUGGAUCCGGCUUUCACAACUACCAACAGAAUUCUACUAUAAGGAUAUCCUAGAAAAGGUUGGAAGGAAGCUGGGCAAACUACUAAAAAACUGA